AGACGAAAAAAGGUACUCCCCUCGUCUACAUAGUAGUCCGCCUGGCUGGCCCAAGCUUUAGUCGCCCUGUCCCUGUCGCCUUGCGUCACUACCGCCUCAUAAUCGACAAUAGCACUGCGAUUUCCUGCUCUCCAGAGACGACAGAUACUUGUAUCUCUCUCUCGCGUAUGAACCGAUUCCGUCGCCGACCGCCGUCAUGGACAGCAACGGAUUGAAACGAAAGGACACGACGAAGGGGCCCCCUCUUCGCAUCCUGACUCUUGAUGGAGGAGGCGUUCGCGGCUACUCCAUGUUCCUCAUCAUACAAGAGCUGAUGCACCGCACGUUUGUCGAGAUAGAAGGCAGAGCCCCGCGCCGAAACGAGAUUCCGAGGCCUUGCGACCAUUUCGACCUCAUCGUCGGCACCGGCACCGGAGGCCUGAUCGCCUUGAUGCUGGGCCGGCUACGACUCGACCUCGAGACGUGCAAGGAGCUGUACGUGCGCCUCACUCGCAUGGUCUUCGAAACGGACAAGACAAUCGCCGGCAUCCCCUACCGCUCCACCCUUUUCAAGGCGACUAAGCUGGAAGAGGCUAUCAAGGAGUGCGUGAGGGAACAUACCGGAUACGGGCGUGGGGGAAACGAUGAGUUUGAGUUCGACGCCACCACCCCUCUCAGCGCUGUUUCUCGCUCCAGUGCGGCGGCUCCUCGGAGGCACCAGAGCAACGCGAGUGUCGUGAGUUUCAGUGCAAGGAGUCCCAGCGCCCAAAUGUCAAGACCUCUAUUCAACUCGAGGGGUGGCAACGCCAAUGCUCUCCUAUACGAUGAACGGGAAAACCGAACGAAGACGGCCGUGACUGCUAUGUACAAAGGAACCCCCAAAGGAGGAGCCCCCGCACUGCUCCGUUCGUACGACUCGAGGAGAGAACCGGCCCCGGAGUUUGAUUGCAGGAUAUGGGAGGCUGGUCGAGCGACUUGUGCCAUCGGGUUGGCAUUCAAGCCGAUACAAAUCGGCCAGUCUGUGUUCCAUGAUGAUGGUCCCGGCGACUUCAACCCGUCCAUUCACGCUCUGGACGAGGCCACGGUCAACGAAUGGCCGGGUCGUGAUGUUGGCGUUUUUGUCAGCGUGGGCACGGGGAAGCGGCCCAGGGGCAGCGACGCGAGUUCGACCAUGUGGUACGAAGGAUUCCUUGGGGAAUUUGCAGAGGCGAGGAGAAGGUUGAUCAGCAAGAUCGAAGGCUGCGAGAGGAUACACGAAUAUAUGAAGAGGGAGCACAUUACCCGGCGCAACGUCAACAUUGAGAAUUACUAUCGGCUGAACGUCGAGGUUGGAGUUGGUGAGUUUGGAAUGAACGAGUGGCACCGGUUGGCCGACAUCAGCACCAACACUAGGAGGUAUUUGGCUCGAGACGAGGAACAGAAUAUGGUCCAGGGCAUCUCGACCAAGCUCGCCAAGAUCCACUUCGCCAAGCAGCGCCUGGAGCGCCUUGCAGCGAACGUCCCGGACCUGGUCCAGACUUCGUGCGACAUCCCAUCCCCUUUUGCGAUCGAGCUCCCGGGCGACAUGCCCACUUUGCCAGUCCCUAAUACGCCGUCGAGCAGGCAAUCGUACGAGUCUGGCCUUGAAAAUCUACCAUUGCCGACUACUAACACCCCUCCACCGAGAAGCUCGGGCGAGCGCCUCUUCUCGUCGCCAAGGGAUAGCAGCCAACCACUCCCACAACGGACCGCUAUUAGCGCAGGCACGCCUGCAACCCCGACUGGAGGCGCAGCGCAGAACGGGGUGGAGGAUGUUGACCGGCUCGUGAUAACAGCUCCCACACCAGCGCAGUACAGGAACGCGUCAGGAGCAGACAAGAUUGCGGUGGUCGGCCCCGAAGACCAACCACGGCGACACAAGGACCCAAUUAGCACAAAGCCAGCCAACCCGCAGCAGCCGCAGCGGAUUGAGCCCCCGCCACUCCCACCCAAGACGCCCCUUCCUGAACACCAGACUGGCGGGAGCCGGCGCCCCGGCGCUGCGCCUCCUUACCCCCUGGACGACGAGCCGCCCCCAGCUGUCAACAUGGCAAGGAAACCGGACUAUAGGGGAAGAUAAGGGGAAGAUGCGGCGUGCCAAGCACGAAAUAUUGCAAGCCAAACGCCAUGGAUAUUAGUUGUCAUGGUUGAGGGGGUGGGGAUAUAUG